GUAAACACAAAGAGCGAAAACACCACCACAUAUUUAUAUACAUACAAAUUCAUGUAUGUAUAUUUAGAGUGAUUUUAUUCGCGUUCAACCGUGAAAUUCACCCGCCGACGAUUAAUCAGCUGUGUAUAUUAUGAUCAAGUUAUUUUAAUUUAGGUUUUAAGUUUUCAUUCAAGUUAUUAUCUAUUUGUGCGAUAAGUCUGAUUUGCGGUUGGAUUUGAUGGAAGGAAAUUGAAGGUUGUGAUCGUGACAAACUACAUGAACUUUUGGCGGUUUUCAGGGAACUAUUUUUUUUUUUUUUUUGCACUUGUAGUUGGUCUUUUUAUCGUGUGCCUCUCAAAAAAUGUCAGGAAUAGAAGGACUAGAAGUUUAUGACGAAUCACGAGACAGAAGAUCAGAUUUCGAGAAUUCAGAAGAUGAAAGGCGGCGGUCCAAAAUUGGAAAUUUCAAAAAAAAGGCUUUAAAUGCUUCAAACAAGUUCACACAUUCUUUAAAAAAGAGGGGAAAGAGAAAAAUUGAUUAUAGGGUUCCUUCUGUUUCCAUAGAGGACAUACGUGAUCCAAAUGAAGAGAGUGCCGUCCAUGAAUUGCGUCAAAAACUCGUUGACAAGGAUUUAUUGCCAGCUAGACAUGAUGAAUAUCAUACACUGCUAAGGUUCUUGAAAGCUAGAGAUUUUGAUUUUGAGAAAACAAUUCAGAUGUGGGAAGAAAUGCUUAAAUGGAGGCAAGAAUAUGGAACUGACACCAUACUGGAGGACUAUGAAUUUGAAGAGUUAGAAGAAGUCUUGCAGUACUAUCCUCAAGGAUACCAUGGUGUUGAUAGAGAAGGAAGGCCUGUUUACAUUGAAAGACUUGGAAAAGCACACCCAAGCAGGCUUAUGCGCAUCACUACGCUAGAUCGUUACUUAAGAUAUCAUGUUCAAGAAUUUGAGAGAGCAAUUCAUGAGAAGUUCCCUGCAUGUUCAAUUGCAGCAAAGAGACAAAUAUGUUCAACAACUACAAUAUUAGAUGUGCAAGGCCUGGGUGUUAAAAAUCUUACACCAACAGCGGCCAAUCUUGUGUCAGCAAUGGCAAGAAUCGAUAAUAACUACUACCCUGAGACUCUGCACCGAAUGUUUGUUGUCAAUGCUGGUGGUGCCUUCAAAAAGGUGCUUUGGCCUGCUGCUAUGAAGUUUCUAGAUCCAAAAACCAUUGCAAAGAUUCAUGUUCUUGAACCAAAAUGUUUGGGCAAACUUCUUGAAUAUGUUGACUCGAGUCAAUUGCCGGACUUCUUGGGAGGUUCUUGCACAUGUCCUGCUGAAGGAGGGUGCCUUAGGUCUAACAGUGGUCCGUGGAAUGAACCUCAAAUAAUGAAGCUGGUGCAUCAUGCAGAAACUACAUUUGUUAGACAAAUGAGCAGGGAAUCAAGUGAACAACAAAAACUUGUCUCCUAUAUUCAGAUGCGUACACUACAGGGCAAUGAUGGAUCAACAACAGAAGCAGUAACAGAAAUUGAUGAUCCAUCCUCUUUCAUCACACAAGAUAGUUGUGAAAUAUCAAAAACAGCAUCUCUUCACAGAAGUGCAGGGGUAUCAGAUUCAACUGUCUACUACAGUUGUGAAGAUCAUUUCAGUCAGGAUGAUAAUAGUAAUGAGACUGGUUAUGUGUCGGGAAAUUCUAAGGAUCUUUGUGAUGAAGGUACUUUGGUUAUUCAGUGGUUGGACAUUAUCCAGGAAAAGGUGGUGAAGAGAACUUUCCAGUGUGUGGCAAAAGUUUUAAUGUGCUUUGUAGUUAGACUAUUCGCAUUUUUUCAAAGUUUACCCUUCGGUUCAAGGAGGUGGAGGACCGAUGUACAUCCAUCUAAUGUUAUUGAACAUAAUCCUGAUAUGCAUUCACAUGGAGGCACCGUAGCUGUCACUGAGGAAGAUCAUAUCCAUCCUUGUGUGGAACGCCUGCAGAAAGUAGAGCAAAUACUUGAGGAAUUAAAGAGCAAACAUGCUCAAAUUCCUAAAGAGAAGGACCAAAUGCUUCUGCAUUCUUUGGAGAGGAUCAAGUCUGUGGAGUUCGACCUUGACAAAACUAAGAAAGUAUUACAUGCCACCGUGAUGAAGCAACUUGAAAUAUCCAAGUUAAUGGACAAUCUGCAGGAGUCCAAAUGCAGGAAUCGACGGCUGUGGUGUUGAUUUUAGGACAAUUGAAGUAGGAACAAGCAACGGGCGCAUAGUCAUAUACCUUCAAAGGUGAAUUUAACAAAUAAUUAACUUCAUGGGCUUAAGAUUUGUGGCCGGGGUAGUACAUAGAGGAAAGAACAAUACCAGAAGAGCUGAUCGAUUUCCUACUCUUUUUCAAUGUUCAUGGUGUACAUCAAGUAGAUGACGAACCUACUCUAAAUAGCUAUCUGAAUUUUCCCGUCUCAUAAUAUGAGACUGUAGAGAAGGAACACAUAAUGCAUAGUUUUACAUUGCGGCACCUUUUUGUCUUGUUUACUGCUUCAAGUGGAUGCUACCCAUAUAAGCUGAUAACGUAAUACCAAAUGGGGUAUGAGUAAUUAACUUGUUCCCUACU